CUCUCUCAAAUCUUCCUCGUCUUCUUUUCCGGUGAAAAUUAAAAACAAGUCAGACGCCAUCUAUCAGAUUUAUUGUCUUGUUAAGAUGAGUAUUGUUUGAGAUAGCAGUUGGUUUCUGCACCUAACUCCUGAAAAAAGUACAACUACACUAAAAUAAUUGUCUGUUAGCCCUCCAGUCAGGGGUGAAAGCCAAAAAAGCACUGUGGUUAGGAGCAACAGAAGCCAAAUAUGUGUCAUUCUGAGCAUGAAUGCCAUCAAUAUUUCAGCCACUGUGAGGUCUCCAUGGGAGUUCGACCUGCUAUUACAAGCUUUCUUGCAAAUUGGGGUCAUGUUACAUUGCACAGGAAUGACAAGGACCGGAGAGGUCACUGUAAUUGACUGACCGACUGGACUUGAGAUUGUUGCUUUCUUGAAACCCAAAAAUUACUUUUCACUUAUUAUUCUAAAGGAUAACAAGCACAAGGAUGUAAAUGCCUUGUUACGACUUCAUUUUUCCAAUUCAAAACAUUGAUAAAAGUUGGAGCAACAACAAUUAGGCGAAUACACAGAUCUAAUAGUUUUAUGCUGAUUUGUUAAAUAACAAGACUGUUUGGUGAGAAUUUCUUUUUUAUGCCUCCCUGCGGUGCAGAAAUGCCUCCGAGUGUUCAGGGGGAAACAAUCACGAUGCCAUCUGUUAGUCUCUAUGAUAAAUUAAAAGCUUCACUGCUUGAGCAAUUAUUCUGACAGUUUGAGCACGAUCAAUAAUUUGCUGAGAGAGUCAUAGCUGCAUGAAAUCUCACUUUCCCACCACAUGAAGACGCCGUUAAUGGAUUAUUGUCUUCCUUAUUCUUGAUGAGCAGAGGAGGUUGGGGCUCACAGGAACUACACCCUGUUCCUGGUUGCUAAUGCUAUCAUCUACAGCUGAUACUCAAGCAUGUAAAUUCACAUUGUAAGACAGAGAUCUCUCCUGAAGAUGUUUCCACAAUCAGGGAAAUCGAUUGUCUUUGACAACUUUCCAGAUCCCACCGACACAUGGGAAAUCAUCGAGACAAUCGGGAAAGGGACGUACGGAAAAGUCUACAAGGUGCUCAACAAGAUCGAUGGAAGUAAAGCAGCUGUGAAGAUACUGGAUCCCAUCCAUGAUAUCGAUGAGGAGAUCGAAGCGGAGUACAACAUCCUCAAGGCUCUUUCUGACCACGCCAAUGUCGUCAAAUUCUUCGGGAUGUACUACAAGAAGGACGUGAAAUGUGGGGAUCAACUGUGGCUGGUGCUGGAGCUCUGCAACGGAGGCUCUGUGACGGAUCUGGCCAAAGGCAUGCUGAAGAGAGGAGACAGAAUGGAUGAAGCCAUUAUUGCAUACAUCUUGCACGAGGCCCUCAUGGGCCUCCAGCACCUGCACAUCAACAAGACCAUCCACCGAGACGUCAAAGGCAACAACAUCCUGCUGACGACACAUGGGGGGAUCAAACUCGUUGACUUCGGAGUCUCAGCCCAGCUGACAAAUACCCGCCUGAGGAGGAACACCUCUGUGGGAACCCCCUUCUGGAUGGCUCCUGAGGUAAUCGCAUGUGAGCAGCAGCUAGACUCCACCUACGAUGCGCGCUGUGAUGUCUGGUCGCUCGGCAUCACCGCCAUAGAGCUGGGAGAUGGAGACCCGCCUCUGUCUGACCUCCACCCAAUGAGAGCCCUUUUCAAAAUACCCAGAAAUCCCCCGCCUACUCUCCACCAGCCGGAGCUGUGGUCAGACGAUUUUAAUGACUUCAUCUGCAAAUGUCUGAUAAAGGACUUUGAGCUGAGACCAAAUGUGCUAGACCUGCUCCAGCAUGUGUUCAUCAAGCAGAUUGUCGGCAGAGAGAAAAUAUUGCAGAAGCAGUUGAUUGAGCUCAUUGAUCUCAACCAACAAAUAGGAGUCAUUGAAAAAACAAGGCAUGAACGUAUCCACACUAAAAGAGGAGGCCACAUGAAGACGCAGACCGACGCAGACGAGGUGGAAGACCUCGCCACCCUCGAAGUUCUGGACGAGAACACGGUCACAGAGCAGCUUCAGAGCCGCUAUGGACGCGAUCAGAUUUACACGUAUGUGGGAGACAUCCUCAUCGCCGUCAACCCUUUCCAUAAGAUGGAGAUAUACACUCCUCAGUACACUAAGAUGUACAUUGGCGCUAAGCGUACAGCCAACCCACCGCACAUCUUCGCUGUGGCUGACGUCGCCUACCAGUCCAUGGUGUCAUACAACACAGACCAGUGUAUUGUGAUCAGUGGGGAGAGUGGAGCCGGGAAAACAGAGAGUGCUCAUCUGCUGGUGCAGCAACUGACAGUUCUUGGAAAAGCCAAUAAUCGGACGCUCCAGGAGAAGAUCCUGCUGGUCAACAGCCUGGUGGAGGCUUUCGGGAACGCCUGCACCGUCAUUAAUGACAACUCCAGCCGCUUCGGCAAGUACCUGGAGAUGAAGUUCACCAACGGAGGAACGGUGGCCGGAGCGAAGAUCUCUGAGUACCUGCUGGAGAAAUCCAGAGUCAUCCACCAGGCAGCGGGGGAGAGAAACUUCCACAUCUUCUACUACAUUUAUGCUGGCCUGGCUGACAGGAAGAAACUAGCCCACUACAAGCUCUCCGACAGCAAAACACCUAAGUAUCUGUGGAACGAGCACAUUAAAUUAGGGCCUGACAUAGUGAACAACAUGUUCUACAAGGAGCAGUUUGAUGCAGUGGAGCAGUGCUUCAAAGUCAUCGGAUUCAGCCUGGAGGAGCUCGGCAGUGUUUAUAGCACUCUGGCAGCCAUCCUCAACUCCGGCGAUAUCGAAUUUUCUCCCGUCGCCUCGGAGCACCAGACAGACAAGAGUGACAUCUCCAACAUUUCUGUCCUGGAGAACGUGGCAUCACUGCUGUGCAUCCGCUCAGACGAGCUCCAGGAAGCGCUGACCUCCCACUGUGUCGUGGCCCGGGGAGAAACCAUCGUCAGGCCCAACACGGUGGAAAAGGCGGCGGAGGUGAGGGACGCCAUGGGCAAGGCGCUCUACGGUCGCCUCUUCAGCUGGAUUGUCAACCGCAUCAACGCGCUGCUGCGGCCCGACAGCCACCCAGGAGAGGAAGACAAGGGCCUGAACAUCGGCAUCCUGGACAUCUUCGGCUUCGAGAACUUCAAGAAGAACUCCUUCGAGCAGCUUUGCAUCAACAUCGCCAAUGAGCAGAUCCAGUUUUACUUCAACCAGCACAUAUUCGCUUGGGAACAGGACGAGUACCUGAACGAGGAGGUGGACGCUCGGAUGAUUGAGUACGAGGACAACCGGCCCCUCCUGGACCUGUUUUUACAGAAGCCCAUGGGGAUGCUUUCACUUCUGGAUGAGGAGAGUCGCUUCCCGCAGGCCACCGACCAGACGCUCGUAGAGAAAUUUGAUGACAACCUGAAGACCAAAAGCUUCUGGAGACCAAAGAGGGUUGACCUUGGCUUCGGUAUUCACCACUACGCUGGAAAGGUGAUUUACAACGCUGCCGGCUUCUUGGCCAAGAACAGGGACAUGCUACCAGCCGACAUCGUGCUGCUGUUGAGGUCGUCGGAAAACGAGCUCACGCGCAAACUUGUCACGCAUCCUCUCACCAAAACAGGCAACCUUGCCCACACCAAGGGUAAAGGCGUAAACACGCUGCGAAGCCCGCGGACGCCGACACGCACCAUCACCUUCGCCAAGCCGGGGGAACCUGGAGACACGCCUUGCCACCCGAGAGAAACCACCAACAUGAGAACGCAGACAGUCGCCUCCUACUUCAGAUACUCUCUGAUGGACCUGCUGUCCAAGAUGGUGGCGGGCCAGCCUCACUUUGUUCGCUGCAUCAAACCGAACAACGAUCGCCAGGCCAACAAGUUCGACCGAGAGAAGGUCCUGGUGCAGCUGCGGUACACUGGAGUCCUGGAGACGGCCAAGAUCAGACGGCAGGGCUACUCUCACCGCAUCCUGUUCGCUAACUUCAUUAAGAGGUACUACAUCUUGGCUUUCCCGGCUCACGAGGAGCCCGCGGUGACUCAAGAAACAUGUUCAACGAUACUGGAGAAGGCGAAGCUGGAGAGCUGGGCGAUGGGGAAGACUAAGGUGUUUCUCAAGUACUACCACGUGGAACAUCUGAACCUGAUGGUGCAGCAGGCCACACAUCGGAUCAUUCUGGUCCAGGCUUACGUUCGAGGCUGGCUGGGAGCCAAACGAUACCGGCGGAUAUUAAAAGAGCGAGAACAGAGCGCUCUGGUGCUGCAGUCAGCUUACAGAGGUCAGAGAGCUCGGAAGAGGGUGGCUGAAGACAAGAGCAAAGCAAAGUUUGAGGCCUUCAUCGUCCAGUUUCAGGCUGUUUGCAGGGGCUAUCUGGCGAAAAAGAAAUACAAGGAGUUGGUAGACGAGAAGAACAAAGCUGCGACCAAGAUCCAGGCCCGGUACAGAGGGCACAAGGAGAGGAAGAGCUUCAAAAGGAAACGGGAAGCCAAACAGAAAGAGGAAGAAGAGAAAGCCCUGAAAGAAAAAGAGGAAAAGUCUCGUGAACCGGAGGAGAGCACCAGUGAAGAAAUGUCUCCUGCUCCCGACAGCGAAGCGACGAACGAGGACGAGGAAACCAAGGCUGCCGUGGUUCUCCAGAGCAACUACAGGGGCUUCAAAGAGAGGAAAAAGUUUAAGGAGAGAAAAAAGACGAUGGCCGGGGCAGAGUUAGAGAUACCGCCGAAUGCAGCGGUGGAAGGAGAAGGUGGGCAAGAGCCAACCAGCAAACAGGAGCAAAGGGAAAAGCCAGCUGACGUACAGGAGGAGAACGAUGAAGACGAAAGUACGUAUGAAGCGGAGGACAACGACGACAGCGAUCACACACAGGUGCCAGAAGACGACGAACAUACAGAAGUGGCGGAUGAAGCGGUGACUGAGGACGCAGCACCAGCAGCAGAAACAGCAGCACCAGCAGCGGGAGCAGAUGCUGGAAAAGAAGAGCAGGAAGAUGAAAAGGAGGACGAAAAGGCUGAAGAGGAGGAGGUCAUCAACGUAGAAGAAGAAACCAAAGCUGCUACUGUUCUCCAGAGUAAUUUCAGAGGUCACAAAGAGAGGAAGAGGCUGCAGGAAGAAGGCAAGAUCCCAGCUAAGAAACAGAAAGCGACGAGUCCGACAGGCGAGGAGGACGUGCCCACAGUGAGCAGCCCUACAGAUGAGGAAGAGGUGUCCGAAGUUCAAACGCCGGCAGAGGAAAACAGCAGCGAGGAAACAGAAAAGGAGGGAGAAGCAGAGGCCGCUCGAGAUGUUCCCUCAGGUGACGUCAAGUCAGACGAUCAAGACGAGACCAAAGCAGCCGUGGUUCUCCAGAGCAACUUCCGCGGCCACAAGGAGCGGAAACGCCUCGAGGAGGAGGGAAAGAUCCCGAAGAAGAGGAAGAAGGAAAAAGAAGUUACACCAGAACCUGUGAAUGAAGAAAAAGAAGAGCAGGUGGUCCAGACAGAAGAGUCAGAGCCAGAAUCCCAACCGGAUCCCACUGUGGACGAGGAACAAGCUGCUACUGUCCUCCAGAGUAACUUCAGAGGCCAUCGGGAGCGAAAGAAACUGAAAGAAGACCGAGAAACGCGACAGAAAGUGACGGAAGAAGCUGCCAUUGUGGAGGAAACGAUAGAUGGAGCAGAGGAGGAGAAGGUCCUGGAUGUUGCUGACGUGGAGAUAGAACAUAAAGAGGAGUCAGACGCUGAAAAGGAGAGGCAGGAGGAGGAGCAGGCUGCGGUGAAGAUCCAGAGUAACUUCAGAGGCUACAAGGACCGGAAGAACCUGAAGGCCAACAAGCAGACAGCGCAGUCACAAGCCGCACAACUGGAGAGCUUCUCCAAAGAGAUCACAAAGACGUCUCAGGACUUUCUGGCCCUGCAGCAGAAGUUGAAUGAGAUCAUCCAGGCCCAUCAAUCAAACCCGGAGAACAACGGCAUGUUUGUGAGAGGGAAAACAGUCAACGGCUUCGCUCCCCAGAAUCACCAAUCAACUGACAAGAGACUGUCGCGGACCCCCCGCAGGACCCAGCAGCCAAAGACCCUCAACACACCGGAGGACUCCACCUAUUACAACCUGAUUCAUAGGUCUGUCCAGGAUGAUAAACGCAAGCCCAGGAAAGAGGAUCCAGGAAAGCUGCUGGAUGUAGACGACCAGUACUACAGAGAACUGACCACCAGCAGGUCUGCACCCUGCAUCUCCACAGAGGACAUGUCGCAGAGGGGGACACCUGAGAGGACCAGGUCUCCAGAGAGGAGGAGGUCUCCAGAGAGGACCAGGUCUCCAGAGAGGAGGAGGUCUCCAGAGAGGACCAGGUCUCCAGAGAGGAGGAGGUCUACAGAGAGGAGGAGGUCUCCAGAGAGGAGGAGGUCUACAGAGAGGACCAGGUCUCCAGAGAGGAGGAGGUCUCCAGAGAGGAGGAGGUCCUCGGACAAGAUGCAGACUGCAGAGCAGAGACCAGCUGCAGCCGGCAGACAGACCAGAGAGAGGGCCGUCACUGAACCACGGCCUUCCACACCUGCUACUGACAACAGGCGCUCCGUUCCCAGGAUGCCCUCCACAGAGAGCCACACCGAGGACAACCCGUACGACUUCAGGCAUCUGCUGAGGAAGACCUCGCAGAGACGGAAGCUCAUCAAACAGUACUGAACGCAGCACUGAACUUUUGAGUGAUUUGGCUGCAUAAUCUGAAGCACGAUACACACUGUGUGGCAGUGUAUCCUGCUGUACGAUGAUGAAUGAGGUUUUGAUCACAUCUUUUUCAAAAACCUGCAUUGAUUAAGAGUCACCAGUCUAAAAUAUCUAAAUGCAGCGUUGACAGGAUGAAGGUGAAUGUAAAUAACAAAACGCUCCACACUUAAAACUUGCUGUAAAUGAAUGUUUUAUUAAUGUAAUUUUUAAACUAGACGUCACUGCUGCUACUUUUGCUGCUGCUAAUUUCGUGUUCCUCUAAAACUGUGUGUCAAAUAUUGUGCUUGAGGUUGUGUCUGUCCGUUCAAACAUCGUAGUAGAACUGUAUAAAUUAUGCGUAGAUCAUGUAAAUACAAAAGCCAUGCUCUUACACUUGAAUACUUUGCAUUUCAAUCCAUUUUGAAGGACGCACCUUUGGAAAAAUCAGCUUCAGUGUUGUCAUUGUUGUAAGAAAUGUACAUUCUUCUCUCCUCGGCUGUGAUGUCUGUUUUUGUUCAUUUAAAGAUAAAAUAUAUCAAAGUC